GCAGCAAGAGCAGGACAUAUUAAGGCACCGGUGUGCUGCAAAGCACUGUUACUGCCUACGGCGCAUCUGCGCCUAAUCCCACCACAGGCUGGAGUACCUACGGUUCGAACACCAUCAAUCACUUUAACGGUGCAUGUCUCGUCUUUCAACGAUGUAGAAGUCUUUGCAACAGCCACAGGCCAGCCGUACCAUGGUGAAGGGAUGCCACAACUGCUCCCGUUGUUCAGCGUAGAGAAAUGAUAUCCCGGCAUGCCACUAAUUGGUAGCAAGCGCGGCGUGGACGGUGUCAUUGUCACCAGUGACUCGCCGGACCUUCUCCCCCCAAAACAGCCGCACAUGGGCUCGAGCACUUCAACUCCGCUGUCACUGUGUGUCUGUUGUCCACAAAGGCGAGGCAAACAUUAAGCCCCUGAGUUGUUGCCAGUCAGUACGACUUCCUCUUGCCGCAGCUCGUGGGCGAUGUGCGCUUGUUCGAGCUGUGGCCUUUCUUCUUCUACUCCAGUACGAACGAUGAUGUACCAUAGGUGCUCGCGGUCACCGCUGUCUCUUGAGAGCAUGCGUCUCGUUAGGCACCUGCCGCGAGAGGGUGUGAAAACGAACCCACAAGUCGCCAGUCCCGGUAAUUGCCUCGAGGUCUUCGCCAGUAGUGCUUCAGUCUGACAGCGAGGACAACAGAAACUAACAUGGAAAACGCCGAAGGAAACGGCCCAUGAACAAGUGUCGAGUGAGCGAACUGGUGCUGUCGAGGCAGUACAGCCCUACAGAGACGCAGGUUGCGGCUGCCGUUCCCGAUGUCACAAGAAUGGGACGUGCGGGAGAUUGCAAGUGGUUCCGAUAAUUUACAUGGAGUACCUUCUUUAAUCAAAACGAUACAGUUUAGUGGUAAGUGUGCAACUAACUAGCCUUUAUCAUUCAUAUUUUCAUGCAUCAAAAAAACUCGACCCACUCUUGACAUUCUGCUUUAUGGAUGUCCUGUUUGCGGUGCCUGUUUUUUUAACCGGUCACGCCGUUUAAACCCUAAACGGAUUGGAACGGAGCCCUUUUCUUUGUGGAGUGCAAGUCCCGAAACUUGAAGAACAAUUGGCAGGGUAGCCCUGAGGUGCCUCAGUGUUUGUGUCCGUCGUCCCAGAGAGAUGAAGGUCGGAAUCUCACGUUACGUAGGACGCUUUACUGUCUUAAUCGGCGUCGUCACUCUUCUGGUUAGUAGUGGUCCGCAGAGAGUCACUUCCACAAUUUUCGGUGGUGCCUCGUUGAAGGGUCGCAAUCCAGUGGCUACUCUUCUUUGGAGAGUCCGAAAUGCACCAUUCGCAGAAGGUAUCGUUGCAAAGUAUAGAGUCCUCACGUCAGAUGAUGUGGCAUCGCUCGACGCUCUUGUCGAUAAAAUAAACAUGCUGGGUACUGGGGUACAUUUUUUCUGCCAAUAUGUAUCAUCUUUGAACAAACAUCAACGCGCCUUCGUGUGGGGAGUGGCCGAGAGCACUGAUGCGGCACAGCGCUUCAUCAACAAAUACUACAGGGCUCAAGAGUUGGUCGGCACAGGGGUUGCUUCUGGAGAUAUUCUCCUCCGUAUUCAGUAUGUGCUGAACGGCUAUACUGCUCUGCCUGUUUUGGAGGGCUACUCCAGGUUCAUCACAGAGCAGUUUUACAACUUUAGAAAGGGUUUCCUUAUUUUCUCGGGUGAUGUGUCGGAUGCUCUUCUGAAACAUGAAACACAACGUCUAUAUCGGAUUUUUAGAGACGGCCUUCCCCUUGUGGCAACAUGUCUCAAGUCCCUCAUCGCAAUGUCACUGCAGACGGACGACCGGCAGGUUCGCGAAGCUAGGGUGACAGCGGCUAGAGGGAUUGAUAAGCUUUUUCAUCUCGAUAGUACGCUGCUUGCGCUUUCCCCUAAUGCACCACGAGAACUUCUGGAAGCGCGCCGUGGGCUCCUGACGCAGGCACUGCUAUUUGCCCCGGACGCGUCAAAGAGAACAGAAAUCCCCGGCGGAGCACCAGCAUCAGGAGUUGUGAAUGGCAGGCCACAAAAUACACUCAAUGACGAGUCAUCGUCUGACAGACGAGCCAGUGACAACGCGGGCUGAAAGGGCACCUCUUGCAACCGAGUCGAGGGCAUUGUCAAGUUUCUGUCGAAGUUGUCGCAGUGCGGUUGCAAAUGUCAACAAACGGGUCACUCCCUUGAUGGACCGGACGUUGUUUCGUGGCUUGCGUCUGGGAGGUGACGCCAACUUUGUUGGCAAUUUCACUGUGACACGAUGCGAAUGGAGAGGACAUCAAGCGGUUCUCGCUGUGAAAUACCUUUUCCCGUUGAUUGUGAACCAGUAACGGUGGUAGAGAGGGUGUACGCCUCUCCGCCUAUGACAGUGUGAAGAUGUACAUUUUUCAACGCUAGGAGAAAAGGCCAUUCACGGAAGGGUCAUCGAACCGCAGCUUAUCCCUUAGCGUACUCUGCGAAAAAGCGCGAUGCUUCAUGUUAUCGAUCGAAAGGAGGGGCUAAUGCUGUUAUGUUUGAACUGCAAGCGGCACUGGUUUCGUCGCUUGCCCGAUAGAGUUGCUGUCGUUCAGUUUCGCGUUCAUCGAACGUUUUGCAGUUCUCCCGGUCAUGAAGUAGCGACAGCUCUGCCAUGGGAAAGUCCUUGUUUGCUCCUCGUUUAAUUCGAGGCUACCCAUCAUUCAACGCCCGUUUCAAGUGCAUUGCCGUUGAGUCCGUUCAGAUGCACAAACAAAAAACAGACCUAAAUAAUGUAUCACUGCGUAUAAGUGUGUAGCAACUGUAGACGACGGCGAGACGAUUCUCCUGAAACAGGGUGUGACCACUACGACGCCCUGAUCACACUCGCUGGGAUGCCAGUGUUGUUCUCAAAAACCGACAGUGCCCACGCUGCAUUCGCGUGUGGCCUAACGGACUUGCGGACAAACACUCUCAAGCAGGCUACAACAGCUGAUACCCACGUUUUCAAAUGCACUAAACUAUCUAUGGCUUUAGCUGGUUGCCUCACCGGUUUCUUAACUGGACGUCCUGCACUUGCAGCGGGGAGCGCUUUGCUUUUGACUACGAUUUCUCAGAUCCGUCAGACCGUGUCGUGGAACUCUGGGAAACCCCACAGAGCACACUCUCCUCAGCACGAGUCGGGCUUCACUGCUGAGUGACGCCCGUGUACUGGAAUCCCUCAACCCGGGUACCCUGCACUGCACUUCAGCCUAAACCAAAUGCGUGGGCUUUCUU